AUGGAUUUAGUUGAGUCAGAGAGUGCCUCAGAACAUGAGGAUCAGAGAUCCAUUUCUGAUCCUCUAUCUCCUCCAUUUAACGAUGCAGGCAAUGCCCAUCCCAACAGUGACUGCGGCAUCGGCCACCGCGUUCUGGCCAGUCGCUCCGUUCUCGCUCUAGCCGUUGAUGAGAAUUGCGUUUUUGCUGGUCUUCAAGGGGGUGAUAUAGUUGCGUGGUCCCUCGAAACAUAUGAUCUCGUGCUAUCUGUCCACGCACACAAGGAGAGUGUGCUCAGCCUCUAUCUUUCCGAAGAUGGAACUUUACUAUUCUCCAGUGGCGGCGACUCCGUUGUCAAGGUGUGGUCCACGGCAACGUUUGAACGUAUUUACUCAAUCUACUCCCACCAUGACGUGGGCGAUAUUUUCACAGUAGUAUACUCAUCUGUCAACCAAACUAUCUACUGUGGUGCUCAGAACACAAGUAUCCAGUGGUGUGAUCUCUCCGAGGAAGGGUCAAUUCUGAAUCAAGCAUCGUCUGCCCAUCCAUCCAAGCGGACGCAUCGCUUCUUUGACUCUCGAGGGCCAGAUGGUACUCGCGCCCCGGGGUCAUCCGAUGGUGCUGUCUCCGAUGGAGGUCGCGUGCUGAGCUUUAAGCGCGAUCACCACAAGCUCUUCGCGCACCAUGGCUAUGUCUACUCUAUGCUACUUGUCAAGGGAUUGGUCGAGUCUUCUUCAUCCGAGGAGGUUUUGUUGACAGGUGCGGGCGAUGGAGUAGUGAAGUUAUGGCGUGUUGGCCAGCAGCCCGGCGGGGCUCCGUCUCAGAUUGCUAAAUUGCAAAAUGGAGACCCUGUCCUGUCUGUCGCAGUCGAGGGAUCACUGCUUUACUGCGGUCUUGCAGGUGGCGCCCUCAAUAUCUGGAAUUUGGACUCGCAGCAGCUUGUUAAGCGGAUCACUAGACACACCGGAGAUUUGUGGGCUGUACACGUCAUCCAAGGUGUAGCUAUCUGUGGAGACUCUAGUGGAACAGUGAAGAAAUUCAACUCGCGAUUUGAAGAAAUUGGUGGCUGGGUUGCUCAUGAGGGGACCAUGCUGGCUUCCGCAGCCGGCCGGUUCAAAGACCGUCAGAUUUAUGCCACCGGUGGAAACGACAACUCCGUUGGAAUUUGGGACUUGACUGAGUUCUUCAUGACACAGGAAGAGCUACCGCCAAUCAGCAAUGAUGAAAUGGUGAAUAGUCUUGCCAAGUUUGUCUCCUUCAAGACAAUCUCAGCAAGCCCUAAAUUCUCUGGUGAAUGCAACCAGGGAGCAGCUUUCUUGCGGCGACACUGCAACUAUCUCGGCGCCAAGACAAAGCUUUUGACCACUGGGGAGGAUACUAAUCCUAUUGUCUUUGCAAGAUUCAACGCUACCGCAGCCGACAAGGUUGACAAGACGAUUCUUUUCUAUGGCCACUAUGAUGUCGUGGGAGCCGAAACGAAUCGGCCCAAGUGGAGGACAGAUCCGUACCAGCUCACAUCUAUCAAUGGGUUCCUCUACGGCCGUGGUGUUUCCGAUAACAAAGGGCCCAUUUUGGCGUCCCUCUACGCCGCGGCUGAUCUUGCCCGAACUAAAGAACUGCGCUGCAAUGUCGUAUUCCUUAUUGAAGGCGAAGAGGAGUCUGGAUCUCAAGGAUUUCACCAAACGGUGCGGGAACACAAAGACCAAAUCGGAUCCGUUGAUUGGGUCUUGUUGGCCAACAGUUACUGGCUCGACGACUACAACCCCUGCUUGACUUACGGACUCCGCGGUGUCGUGCACGCCAACCUGGUUGUUACAAGUGAACAUCCCGAUCUUCACAGUGGCAUUGAUGGCAGUACGUUGUUGGAUGAACCGGUCAAAGAUAUCACCAUGCUUCUGUCCACCAUCGUUGGACGCAAGGGCAAGAUCAACCUGCCUGGAUUCCACGACGCCGUUCGACCCCUUACAGACGCCGAGCAGAAGCGAUUUGAGGCUAUCGCGGACGCGUUGCUGCUUCAGCACCCCGAAAUCCCAGACAGCCAGGCCCUUAUCAAGUCACUUAUGCAUCGCUGGCGUGAGCCUGCCUUGACCGUCCAUUCCAUCGAAGUCCCCGGGAGCAAGAGCGCCACGACGAUCGCACGACGAGCCAAAGCAAGCCUGUCUAUCCGUAUUGUGCCAGACCAACAAGCCGACGAAGUUGCAGCUCACCUUACAGCCUACGCUCAAGAGCAGUUCGCCCUACUUGACUCGCAAAACGACCUUACCGUUGAAAUCACCGGCAAGUCCGAUGCCUGGCUCGGAGACCCAGACAAUGAGAUUUUCGCUACGCUGUCAGAAGCAAUCACCGCAGCCUGGACUCCAGGCAAAGAAGACCCGAAGCAUCAGUACCCCCAAACCUUGCAACCCACUCACACCCGCUCAGCCAAACCAAAACCCAGCGGGGGCCCAAUUCCAGACCUCCGUCGCCAAGACUCAUCCGACAGUCUCGCUUCUCACUUCGAGCGGGUAAUCACAUCGACAACGUCCUCCUCCGCCGGCAAGGAAGCCGCACGCAAACGCUCCGCGCAAGCAGGCGCAGCAGUACCUACAUCCUCCACCCUCACGCAAGCUACACCGACAUCUGAGGAAUCGGUCGCAUUGCCCAUCCGAGCCAAGUCCGAGCCUGAGGCAGGAAAUUCGGAAAUUGAGACCUCGUCCCGCAUAGUGAAACCCAUGUUUAUCCGCGAGGGCGGGUCCAUCCCGACAAUCCGGUUCUUGGAAAAGGAGUUCUCAGCCCCCGCGGCUAACCUGCCAUGUGGACAGGCCAGUGACAACGCGCACUUGGAUAAUGAGCGUAUGCGUAUCGAGAACUUGUACAAGAGCCGGGAAAUCUUCCGGUAUGUGUUUGCCAAUUUGGUGAAAUCGUGA